AGAAUGGGUGUGUGGUGGGAUAUAAAAUGGGCGCCGUUGCUAUGCCAUUGGCCCCGCGGAAAUCUCUCUCUCYUCUUUCCUUUCAUUUCCUUUUGAUUUCCUUUUCYCUCUGGCAAUUUCUUCACARUUCCUUCUUCUUCUUCCUUCUUCACAUUCAUGGCGGAGUUGUAAGUUUUUAAGUAGAAAGGGCAGGCCGAAAAUCGCUCUGUAAUAGCCACGCGGGCRUUCAAUGCUCUGUCAGUUGCAGAAACCWACAUGAAUUACAUCGCUUCGCUUUCGAUUUCGGUUUCUGCUUUUCUUUCUUCACUUCCGUUCGCUGUUGCUCUCAUUAAUCCCUCUCCCAUCUGUCCACACGCUGUUCCUUACAUUACUGGCCAGCAAUUCUCUUUAGGGUUUACAUUCGCCGAAAUUAUGUCUGCGGUGUUGGCAAGAACAGGGCGACAUCGGCAGCGAUAUGACGACAAUUUUCGUCUCGUUUCAGGAUGCAUUCCUUAUAGGCUGAUAGGGGAGAGUGAUGAAGUUCACGACCAGUGUGGCAUUGAGAACAAGAUCGAAGUUCUCAUGGUUUCCUCCCCAAAUCGUGACGACCUAGUGUUUCCAAAGGGUGGAUGGGAGGAUGAUGAGACCAUCCUGGAAGCAGCAUGUCGUGAAGCUGUGGAGGAAGCAGGAGUGAGAGGAAAGCUCAACGAAAAUCCCCUCGGAGUUUGGGAGUUUAGAAGCAAAAGCAGGCAGGAUAUUUGCAGCAUGGAGGGAGCAUGCCGAGGAUACAUGUUUGCGUUAGAAGUUACUGAGGAGCUCGAGUUUUGGCCAGAGCAGGGAAACCGCCGUAGGAGAUGGCUCAAUGUUAAAGAGGCAUUCAGGCUGUGCCGGUAUGAGUGGAUGCGGGUGGCACUUGAAGCGUUUCUUAGAGUAAUGGCAGGGGAUGAAAAUGGCGAGGCGAAGAGCGAGACAGCAGAGACAAGCACCCCAGUAACGGUUCCAAAUGUGGUUGAUUGUACAUUGAUAUCAUCCAACUCCUGUGGGAUGCCUCCGUUCGGUCAGCAGCACGGUACGGGUCAUUCGGCAGGUAUAGGCAUUUCAAGGGGCUGUAGAUUAGGCAUUACAUUAAGUGAAUGAUGAAUUUUCAGUCUGCUGUGGUGGGCGGGAUGUGGUUAAACUUUGAGUAAGCAAAGAACAAACAAACUGUGGAGUGAAAGAGGAGAGGAGAGGAGAGGGGUAGGGGUUUUGGAUGUUUGUUGUAAGUAGUUGGUUGCUUGGUUGUAGUAUUGGUGUUAAUAAGAUAGUUGAUGGCUUACUGACUGAUGAUGUUGAUGGAUUUUGGUUGUUAAGCAGGACGAGGGUAACCAAAUAGUAUAUAGUUAAUAGUAUUUAGUUGCUGUUAAGGGGACGACUUGGUAAUUUAACUGUUGUGUUUACUGUUUAAUGACAAAAAAUUAUGAGGCAUAGCUUCAUCAUCUCUUCUCAUCUAUUCAA